UCCAUCCGUGACAGCUCGGUUCAAUUAAAGAAGCGUGGAGACAUUAAGAAUCCGCAACUAAAAAUGUCCAAGAGUCUUAAUUAAAAACAUCUCGCUGAUUUAAGAAGGUCUCUCGGAGAAAACAGGUGGAGAGAAGUUCAUUCAAUGUCUGUCACAUACACUCACAAACACGCACGCACACACACACACACACACACACACACACACACACACACACACACACACACACUGGCAUGAUAUCUCUGUCUAUUCUACAAUGAACAGAAUGGAUGUCUAUUUCCUUUUGAGAGUGGCUGGAUACAUCGGAGGCUUCUGCUCCGGGCUCUUUGAUAGCUAUUAGUCCCUGUCGCAUCAAUUUGUUAUAUCCUGUCCCCCCCACCACCCCCCCACCCCCCUUGAGAAGCCACAAUGGAGAGCCUAAGUGAGCUUCAGAACCCGCUCCUGGACAAAACCAGCAACCACGUCAAGGGCGAUUACAGCUACCAGGGAGACUUCCCCAGCAGUCAGUACCAGGAAAACAUUUUCAACUACUUUGUGAGCGGCUCUAACAAAGCCAAGGCACAGCAGCUACUGGACGCCACGUCCUUGCACCUCGCUGUGGAGGCCUUGUACCGGCCGAACUUCAUUCUGUACAAGGAGGACGCCAACGGCAAAAACAAGGAUUACAAGAGCGAAUGUUGCGAGACCACCUUCACGGAAAAGAAGGAUCAGGCUGCCGGAAGCGCAGAGAACCCUGAGGAGAAACUCGUGGACCUGGGUGAAAACGAUGUUAAAAUCCAAACGGUGUCUUACGAGGUGGAGGAAGAGGAGUAUCGUGAGUAUGAGAGCGACUGUUCCAGUGACAGCGAAAGCGAAGACGACUUCAUCAUGAUCGCCCCACGGGACCACUUAGGCCUGGCCAUCUUCUCAAUGCUCUGCUGCUUCUGGCCUCUUGGCAUCGCAGCCUUCUACUUCUCCCAGGGGACCAGUAAAGCUAUUUCCAAGGGAGACUUCCCCCUGGCAAGCUCAGCUUCAAGAAGAGCUCUUUUCUUGGCUGCGCUCUCCAUCACCAUCGGAACAGGCGUUUACGUGGGGGUCAUCGUGGCUCUCAUCGCUUACAUGUCUAAAUCAGGACAUGUAUAACACUAGGCCUGGGGCUGGAGUGCAUCUUGAAACAGUGUAUUAUCAUCAUAAACUACAGCAUGUCUUAUCGGUUCCUUUACCCCACUGCCUGUCAGUAUGGAUUAGUGCAGUGUUCAAAUUUCACCUUAACGAGUGGAGACAUCACAAAGUACGUCGCAAGUCUUGUUAGAGCCAACCCAUUCACGUCUUGGAACUUCCUUGUUGUUUUAACGGCUCGGGACUGCAAAUUUAAAAAGGUCAAAAUAAAAAUUCAGAACGUGUUUUCUUGGGGACAGCUGAUGUGAAUAUUGCACAAAGAAAACAUGAAAAGCAAGCAUUCUGAAGUGGGAUUCAUUGCAUUGCUAGGCUUGGUAAGAUUACGUUUUGUAUACAUGUAGACACUGCUAGUACUGUCAUAAGUGAAACAUUAUAUAUCAUUCAGUAUGUGAAAGAAUUCUCAACUGUCCUCUUAAAAGCGUUUUAUUAAAACACACUUUACAUUUUAUUCUAAAUGUUACAAAUGUUUCAGUGUAUUUCAGAGCUUAACUGCUGGGACUUUGGUGCCGAAAAGCUUUUCAUUCCGCUCACAGCUGUUUCCAUGAAGGACGAUGUUCUUUCCUGUAAAAGUGAUGCCAACCUUAAUUCACUAGCCCCAGACGCGGCACUUACCAAAAGAGAAAGUUGUACGCCAAGGAACUAAAACAAAUCUGCUUCAUACCAAGCGUCAGCAAGGAGAGCAGAAAUCUGUUUUUCAGCACAUCAUCUGGAUGCAGUCAGCAGUGAAGCUGAUGAUUCAUUCUUAGCAUUAGGGAGUUAAUAGUGCCAGAAAGUAAACCAAGGAAAGUUGUGUUUCAGUGUUUUCAGGGGAAUUGAAUUUGCAUGCUGCAGAGAGACCCUGGUGCUUCACAAUGGCUGCAUGUGGACAUCAGGGGAACCGAAAUGCAUCUGUGCAAUUAGGAAGGGACCCAAUUCACUAGAGACUGUACUGGAAAUCAGCAGUAAAAACAUAAUGUUAAAAAACUAGAGAUCAUUAUUCCACAUUGUAUAAUGGAUGAAGGAGCAUCAAAUACAAGGGCAGUUAAAUCAAAGGGUUUUAAUGCAAUAUAAACUACUAGACCAAAAGGUUUAUAGACUUCUGCCGAACCCUCAGAUUGAAAUAUUGCCUUUAAUUUUGUACAGCCAAUCAUCACAGUCCUGUACUGUAUCAUAUAUACUCUCAAUUUCUUUUGUAGAUCAUGCAUUAGCCAUAGUUGUUAACUUUGGUUUAGAAUUUGGUUUCAUUUGUUCUCGUUGAAGUUUCUCUAGUAAAAGCCCAAAGAAGCUGGUGCUAUAUGGGAAUAGGGUAGAAAUACAGGGAUGACAGAGCCAGUAUAAUGUGACAGAGGCAUUACCAGGAUUCUAAUACUACGUCAGGUAUAGGACUUUAUCAUGGAAAUUGCUUAGCAGAAGCUGACGCCCCAGUGGAGAAGAAGAUAUAAUGAACGCUGAUAUAGUGUAGCAUGCAGUGAGCCUGCACCCACAAGAGCAGCCCAAUAAACCCCAACAUUGACAGCACUCUUACAAUACCGCUAGAUCGCUACAUUGUACAAUUCAAACCCUUCCAAAAGUCUCAAUGCUUUUCAUUCUAUAAGUGUUUGUAAUGCUAUAAAUGCCAUGAGUGGGUAGGUCUGUAAUGUUUAAUAUGUGUACAUAUUAAUAUGUCAGAUAAUUCAUUUCAAAUAAAGAGUUGCUAAGAGGUAUUUGUAAGAUAAUGAUGAAAAAAAAGUUAUGUGUGUGUCAUAACAUUCAUAAGUGCCAUGUUAUUUUGCUACUUUGUAUAGUGGAUACAUUCUGAUUAUCGCUGUAGAAAAGUGUAUAUAAAGCAGAUAACGAUGACUGAAUUUCAAACUAAAUCUUGCUUGUUCUUCAGAGAACGUUUCUCCACUAAGUUUUUGGUUUCUAAUUACUAAUUUAAUCAAAACUGACUCAAAAUGGUCAGAAAAAAACAUUGAUGUUACGCCUUCAUAAUUAUUUGACUUUCAAUUACAAAGUAUGCGAUCAGAGUCCAGAGGACCUGUUCACUGUUUUUUUUUUUUUCUACAGUCCUGGUCAAAUGCACAGUUUCAUUUGAAUAUAAUAUAGGUAACAUUGGCAAAUGCUUAAAUCAGGUAUAUUUUAUAAGAAUGGCGAUCAGUGCUAAAUACUAUAACCUGUAUUGGUCUUGAAAUAACCCAUUGAAAUGGUUUAUUUUCUAUUAAAAUUGCUGUAAAUGUACCAGAAACAAGACCAAUGUUUCGUGGGCAUUGCCUUCUGUUCUAUUUGAGUAUGCCUGCCUUGCCUGUUUCACUGGACAAAUAAAUGAACUGUGACAAUAUUUUUUUGGGGGGGAGUGAUUUCAAAUGUGUAGCCUGUGUACUGUAGCUUUUCUUUUUCCAGCAGUUAAGAGCACAAAAGAAAAUAAAUGGUUGUUAUUUGUAAAUAAAUCAAA